ACGUACGAACGGGCCGUAUUCGUAUGGCCGUAUACACAGAUGGGUUCGAUGUCCUAUGGGAAUUUGCAAUGCUCCAGCUACGUUCCAGAGAGCAAUGAACGUGACUUUUCAUAACUUCGUUAACAAGACUCGGUUGACACAAGGAAUGGUGAACUUCUGCGUCAUCGUGUACAUGGACGAUAUCGUGGUAUAUUCGGACUCUUUUCACGGGCAUGCGCAGCAUAUCGAGUGGACACUUGGAGCACAGUGUGACGCGGGCUUUAAAAUCGCCCUGGAGAAUAGCGAGUUUUUCCUUUCGAAAAUCUCGAUCCUCGGGUACGUGGGGACUCGGGGAGGCUUACGACCGGGCUCGCGGAAGGUGGACGCAAUUCGAGACACGCCCACGCCCAUGUCGCUGACACAGGUCCGAGCCUUCCUGGGGCUGGCGUCCUAUUACCGCCGAUUUAUCAAAGGCUUUGCGGCAAUCGCACGACCCUUAACGAAUCUUUUGCAGGCGGCGAUUGACAAGAAUGAAUGGUAUUGGUCCAAUAUUUGUGAUGAUGUUAAGUUCAUCGUCCAAAACUGUCAGGUCUGCGGCGCCGCUGACAAAGGGUCGAUUCAGCCGUUUGGGUCAAUAGUGCCCAUCAUAGUUGAACGGCCAUUUCAAAGGGUUAGCAUGGACACCACCGAUAUUGUCAUACCCCCUGGACUGAAUAACCGCGACUAUUCAAUUAUUUUGGUAUUCGUAGGCCAUUUCUCAAAAUGGAUCGAAGCGUAUCCGUGCAAGACGCGACAGGCGCUGGAGAUCGCGCGGUAUGUCAACCGUUUUCUCGGAAUGCACCAAGACACGGAAGAGAUCCUAACGGACAAUGGAGCAGAAUUCCGAGGAGAAGUCAUGAGGAACCUGGUCCUUCAUGGCGUCUCCAUCCGUCAUACCGCCCCGCAUAUGUCUCAAUCGAAUGGCCUCGUGGAAAAUGCGAACCAAGUAAUCAAAAUGGCGCUCCGACGAAACAUCGCGGCUAGAGAUACACGGCCUUGGCCUGAUAUUGUAGAUCACAUCUUGGCCAUCCAUCGAGGAAACGGGCAAGGAGUCGCGCAAGAAGAAGAAGAAGAAGAAGAGGAGGAAGAAGAAGAAUCGGACGCCGAGUCGGACGAUCCCGAUUACCUCGACACGGAAGACGCUGAGUCAGAGGAAGAAGAGGACGAAUCGGGUGAGUCGGGUGGUUCUGCGCGAAGCAGAGAAAGGGACGGGGUCGCGGCGCAAAGAAGGCGAGAAAAGGCAGAGGGUAAGUGGCCGGUCGAGGAAUCGGAAGGGCCGCCACCACGGCUACUGCACGGCGAUUCGGCGCGGAAUCCAGAGCUGCCGGAGGAGGAGAACGAGGGAGAUGGAGUCGCCGCCGCAGAUGGAUCGGGAAGCCGACACGGUCGAAGAAGUGAAUCGCCGGCUCAAUCCUCUUCACCAUCGCGGACCGCCCUUCGCUGUCGUCGAGAUGCGGGCCUUCGGGCUUCGUCCCCGGUCGUUAUCCCGUCGUCCCCAUGACUUCCUCACCCUUCACCAGCUCUUGGGCCGA